AUGCAAGCUCGAGGUCGGUUGUCUGAAAUUACAAAUAAAGCGCCCCUUUUGGAUAGCAUAGGGCAGCAAAGACGCAUCGAUUACUCGAUUGAAUGUCUGCCGGAACGAACUCUCGGUGAACCGAGACGAUAUGAGGCUGAUGAAACGGUGAAUCACGGAAUUAUUACAAAUUGUCCCUUCAAUUUGGACGGCUUUCCGGAUUUGGCUACAUUCAUCGCGUUUUGUGAGCGUGUCUAUGAUUGGCUGGCCAUGGAUCGAAAGCACACUGUCCUCCUUCAUGCAGAGGCGGGGACAGCUCAUAUUCGACUUUUACUCCUGUGCCAAGCACUGGCAUGUUACUACAACAGUUGCGAUAGACGAGAUCCCACGACAAGCAGUAACCUGCAACAAUAUGUGAAAGCCUACCCGAACGGGGUUGUCCGCUCUCCAAUUGCUUGGCUAAGUACUUUUUCCAAACCAUCUGUAAAUGGAAUUAUGCUUUCAUUUCAUGCACCCCCGGACUCUCCAACUGGUGAUCACGGUCUCUAUCUGGUCGGUGAUAUUGCUAUUCUUGCAUAUCAUUGUCGACCCUAUCCUGCUCAACGAUUACGCUUGUUCCGACUCCAUUUUCAUUCGUGUCAAGCAAUCGCCGAUUCCCUUUCAUUCCAACACGACGAUUUUGAUGACGUCUCCGAUGCAUUCCCAUCUUCCCUCCGCCUCCAGUUAUACAAUGUCAAACGUGCCACUUCCAAAGCGCGCGGUCUCGAACUGCGUGAGGAGAUUCUCACCAAUCAGAAAGAAAAAGGCGCACCUCGAAAUCAAAUAAAGGGACCGCUGAGUGCCGAUGACGCUAUCCGAAUGAGUGACUCGUUGGAGAAUCUGGGUUCAAUUACCACAACAACCACAAUGCCGGCGUUCAGUGCCAAAGGCAGAACUGUCGAAUUUCGCUCGUAUGCAUCCAGAUUGAGACGAGACAUGCCUGCGUUAUCGCGAAUUGACCAAUUCACCUUGUCUUCAUCGACGGGUAGACAUUUGCGAUUUGCCUCCCAAUCCGACUCCGAAAUGAUUUUACCCCCACUCUGCGAAGAUUCUGAAACAGACGACGGUGCGUCAAUGGAUGAGGCAGAGUCGAUAGCUCAAUUGCAUAAACGCCGUGAAAGUGAUGACAAUAGUUCGCUUCACAAGCGUAUUCUCAAGGCUCUGUUGAAGCCACCUCGACUAUCGAAGAAGAAUACCGGGGUCGACGAGCCAUAUGAACGCCAGUUGAUGCCUCCACCGUCAGAAUCUGUGGUAAUUAAAUCAACCAAAAAACGCCGCACGAUUGUAGUCGGAAAAAAACUAAAACAGAUUUUUACUGGCAGCACAAAAGAGACUACAAGAUCAACGGGAUCAUCGGGUACGCGUACACCAAGCACCGACUCUUCAUCGGAGACGAAUUCGUUCUGCUCCCUACCUGCUCCGUCUAGACCACCACCACCGAGACGUCCCCCACCACCACGUCCUCCGCCACCUGAGUUAGAGCAGGGGGCCUUGGUGGCAAACAGGGCAAUGAAAACAAACGCUGCAGUUCGUGGAACAGCGACUGCAAAGCUCGGUCCACCACAUAAAGUACGCAAGAUUGAGACUGUGGACGGGACGAAUGAACAAGUGGUUGGGCCCAUGAAUCCCGUUUGCAUUCCAGUCUACUCACGUGAUCAUGACACUACAAGUUUGCAAAACAUUUUGUUCGUGAUGCCUCGUUGA